AUGGCCUAUGGUUGUGAACAGUGCUUUUUUUGGCUCCAUGAAUCAUGCGCGAGAGAAAUUCAACAUCUGCCUCCUAAGAUUAUUCACCCUUUCCACUCACAGCACCAUCUUGAACUAAAAUUCAAGCACUGGUUCGAGGAUUUCAUUUGUGAUAAAUGUUUGUAUAUUUCUGCUGGCUCCACAUACAACUGCCAUCAAUGUGAUUUUAAUUUUCAUUUAACAUGCGCUUCUUCAACUGAUGAUCUAUUACCUGAAGAGGAGUGGGAGAGACUUAAAGAUGGCAAGAAAAAGGAAACUCCGCAUUACAGCCACCUUCACAAGCUGACCAUCUUCAAAUAUAGGAAGAUAAGAGAAUUUGACUACAAUUGUAGUUGGUGUGAAAAGAGUCUGUCGGAAGUGUGCUAUGGCUGUCUAAAAUUGUCCAUCUUGGCUGUGUUCCGAUACCAAUCUCAACUCAACAUAGAUAUCACUGGCAUCCACUCAAUUAUAUGGACUCGAUUGCAGAAGAUAAUUCUGAUGAAUAUUAUUGUGAUAUUUGUGAGAAUGAAAGGAAUCCAGCGCAUCCUGUUUAUUGUUGUGAAAAAUGCAUUUAUAUUGCUCAUAUUCAAUGUGUGCUCAAUGAGGAUAAAAUUUCAUUUGAGAAGGUGUCAUCUUCGACUCCCCAGUCCGUUUACAGCAACACUUUGUUAA